CCGCCGACAAAAUCACGAGAGCUUCGUAGACCAAUCGGCAACCACAGCCGCAUUCCAACCGAUAGCGCCACCGUCCACCGCCACAGAAUCCAUACGCACCCAAUUCACAUGGAAGACAAUCGAAAUUUUACAGAAUCCGACCCUAGGCCGGAUAAUCAGGACGACGACGUUCCGAGGACGCCUGAAAACGUCAAUUCCGAGAAUUCUCAUCCGCACACCGGCGAUGGAGCUAGCCCUGGUAAAAUUUUCAUCGGAGGUCUUGCUCGAGAAACUACUUCUGAUCAAUUUAUCAAGUACUUUGGUAAAUAUGGGGAGAUUACGGAUUCGGUCAUAAUGAAGGAUAGGAGCACAGGGCAGCCCCGGGGGUUUGGGUUUGUGACCUACGCUGAUUCUUCUGUAGUCGAUAGGGUCAUCGAGGAAACUCACAUUAUUAAUGGAAAGCAAGUGGAGAUAAAGAGAACUAUACCAAGAGGAGCGAAUUCUAAAGAUUUCAAGACUAAGAAGAUUUUCAUAGGUGGCAUCCCGACUACUGUGGAUGAUGAUGAAUUCAGGGAUUUUUUUUCGAAUUAUGGAGAGGUAAAGGAGCAACAGAUUAUGAGAGAUCAUUCUACUGGUCGAUCUCGUGGAUUUGGAUUUAUCACAUUUGAAUCUGAUCAGAGUGUGGAUGAUCUCUUAGCAAAGGGGAACAGACUUGAUUUUUCUGGGACUCAAGUGGAAAUCAAGAAGGCGGAACCCAAGAAGACAAGCUUGGCACCACCGCCAUCCAGGCGCCCAAGUAAUUCUAGAACCCCAUUCGGCGGAGGCCACCGGGAAACCUAUGGUGGAUAUGAUGGUGGUUAUGGGGGUGGUGGUUUCGGUGGCAGUUCUUAUAGAUCCAGUGGAGGAGUCUAUGGAAGUAGAGCCAGCGAGUAUGGUGGAUAUGGUGGGGGACCCGAAUUCCAUGCCUACGGUAGAUAUGGCGUUCCUGGUUAUGGAGCAGGUUUAAGAAUGGAAUCUCCCCUAGGAUACUCGAGCCAUUUUGGGGGUGGUUUUGGCCGAGGGUAUGAUGUAGGCAGUGAGUAUGGGGGGCCAGCGGAUCGGUAUGCAGGGUAUGGUGGUGCUGGGUAUGGCGGUGGUUAUGAUGCUGGCUAUGGCGAUAGCUAUGGAAGCGGGCGUGGAGGUUCUGUUUAUGGACACAGAGGAGGAUAUGGCGCCGGUGGUGGUGGUGGUGGUGGUGGGAGUGGAAGGUACCAUCCCUAUGGGAGGUAGGUAUACAAGUUGUAGGGCUAAACUAUCUCCUAGAAUGUUUGUAUGCUCUUUGGUGGAAUGUGAAUGUCACUCAUCUUCUUGUAUUAGCUGGUUUUUCAAGAUCUGAUUAUUUUUAUGGGCAAGAAGCAACUCAUUCCUAUCAGUUUUACUACGUUUUUAUAUGAUAAUCUUUCAUCUUGGAUUA